CACAGAGCUGAAGAAGAAGAAGAAGAAGAAGAAGAAGAAGAAGAAGAAGGAGAAGCGGAGCGAGGCGACGGCACCAUGCGGGGAUCUGUGGCCGCCGCCGUGUUUCUGUGCGUGGGUCUGAUUCCUGCCGUCACUCGGUCGCAUUCUGCCCUUCCAGAGGACUGGGAGGGAUCCGGAUACGACCUGGACGGUUCUGGUUCUGGAUCAGGAGAUGGGUCGGAGCAGGAUGAAGACAUCAAGGUUCAGCCCAGCAGCCAUGAAGGCAAAUUAUUGAAGUCAGGAGGUGGAAGCAGGAAUACUCUCCACAGUUCUUCAGACCUGACCUUUGACGGCACAGCCUGGCCCGCGGGAGACGACGAAUCUGGAUUCGUUAUCAUGGCGAGCAGCAAACGGUUCUGGGAGAACGAAGACAUCUUAGCAGCGGUUAUUGCAGCGGGAGUCACGGGAGCCAUCAUCGCAGCUGCACUGUCAGCCAUGUUAAUCUACAAACGGCAGAAGAAAGACGGGGAGGGACACAUUCUGGGUCGGCGACGGGAGUCGGACGAAGAUUACCACAAACCCAUAAGGGACGCAGUUGUUAUUUAACUGUCAGACCGGCGUUUGUUUUCUAGGCUGGUGCCACUGGGCCAGUUUGUGUAGCUGGAGAGCUGCCGUGAAGGCGCUCUCUCAUCAUGCAUCUGUUGUUGUACAUUGAUAAUUUAUUUAUAUUUAACAUGAAGUGUAAAGAAUCGCUUUCAUUCGCUGACCUGAGAUCGUUUCCAUGGACGCGGGGGAGCUGUAGCCUCUCUGUGCUUUAGGAGAUGUGGGGCGUUGCUAUCAUCACACGUAGCUUCGUGGAAAUGUAUUUCUAGCAGUAAUCUUCCAGAAUGUCAAUCAAUCAAACUUUAUUUGUGUAGCACUUUUCAUACAAAGAAAGCAAUACAAAGUGCUUUACA